AUGAAUGCUGAAAGCAUGGCAAGUGAAAAAAUCAACAAUUCAACAAAUGACUUCGUUAUCGUCUGGUUAGAUAGCGGUAUUGAAAAGACUAAAGGUAAUCGAGAAACAAAAGCAUUCAUACGACAACUAGUUAGAAAUCGUUUACUAACAUUUGAUGAUCCGGAUAAAUGUGUUGAUAAUAUAACUGAUGAAUCAACAACAAAACGAGUAUUUAUUAUUGUUUCUAAUAUAUUUGGUGAAAAGGUUAUACCACUUAUACAUGAAUUACCAUAUAUACAAGCGAUAUACAUAUAUUGUGGUGAUCAAAAAAAAGCUGAAGCAUGGGCUCAACCAUAUUCAAAAAUUUCUGGUAUAUUCACAAAAAGACCAGCACUAUUAGAUAAAAUUCGUAAAGAUGUUGAUGUGUGCGAUACAGAUGAAGAUUUACCAAUGAGUGUAUUUCAUCUUACGGAACGAGAAAAUACAUUACAAGAAUUAACUGAAGAAAGUGCAACAUUUAUGUGGUAUCGAUCAAUAAUGAUAGUUCUUCGAUUAAUGGCAAGAUACGGUAAUGCAAAAACUGAAAUGAUUGCUGCAUGUCGAACAAAUUAUCAUGAUAAUGAAUCUGUAAAAAAGAACAUAGAUCAUUUCGAAAAAAAUUAUUCUCCAACAAAAGCGUUUGAAUGGUAUACAUGUGAUAGUUUUGUAUAUAGAUUAUUAAACCAAGCUUUACGUAUACAAGAUAUUGAUAUUAUAUUUAAAUUUCGAUUUUUUAUCAAUGAUCUUCAUAAUCAAAUCGAACAACAUUAUCAUCAAUAUUUAGAUAUCUAUUCUUCUAUUAUGAAUCAUCAUCUAAGAGUUUAUCGUGGUCAACGUUUAAGUCUAACUGAACUCGAUGUACUUAAACGUAGUGUACAUGGACUUAUCUCCAUGAAUAGUUUCUUAAGCACUUCAUUAAAUCAAGAAUUAGCUACAAUUUUUGCUGGUAUAAGUGAUCCAUCGAAUAGUCCAUCAUCAUUACAAUCUGUUAUUUUCAUCAUUGAUAUUUAUAAUAUGAGUAAAGAAACGACACCAUUUGCAAUUCUUAAAAACUAUUUCGGUUGUCAAGAUGACGAAGAAGAAGUACUUUUUUCGAUAGGUGCUAUUUUUAAGAUUCAAUUAGUUGAACAACAAAAUAACAUGUGGCAUGUUCAUUUACAACUAAGUAAAGAGCAAAACGAACUUAGUCGAAACCUUUCAAAACACAUGAUGGAACAAAUUGGAUCUGAACCAGAUCCAUUGUUAUUCGGUUGGUUUCUUUUUCGAAUGAGUGAAUUUAGAAAAGCCGAACGUUAUGUGGAAUAUAUGCUUACACAACUUCCAUCGAAUGAUAAAGCCAUUGGAAAUGCAUAUAACUUACUCGGUCUUAUCUAUAAAGAUACUCAUAAACUAGAGCAAUCUGUUGAAUAUUAUGAGAAAGCUCUUGAGAUUUAUUCUCGUUUGUGUCGUCGCGAUAGUCCUCAAGUUAUUGCUACUCAUUGUAAUCUUGGUUUGGCUUAUUUGGCAUUAGAAGAUAUUCGAAAUGCAGAAGAACAACAAAGACAAGCCGAAGAGAAGUUGAUCAAUUCCCCACAAUCAAAAAAUUCAUUAGUCAUAACUUCACUCAAUAGUCUCAAAGCAAAAAUUCAAAUAGAAUAUGGUAAUAAUGUAACUGCUUUGAGAGAGCUUGAAUUGGUUUUAAAGAAUAGAAAGCAUCAAUUACCAGCAGGUCAUCCUUCAAUAGCAUCAACAUUGAAUGCAAUAGGUAUUGUUCAAGAAAAAAUGAACAAUAAUGUAGAAGCACUUGAAUAUUUUAAACAAGCAUUGGAUAUCGGAAAGAAAAGUUUACAACCUGAAGAUAUGGAUUUAGCUGAAUAUCAUACAAAUAUUGCUCGUAUUUAUGAUAAACAAGAAAAUUUUCAACUUGCUUUGAAACAAUUUGAAUUAGCACUAAAAAUUACGGAGAAUUACCGAGAAGAAGAACAUGAUAAGAUUAUUAAACUAAAUAAAUAUAUCACUGACACAAAGGAGAAAUUACUUCAGUGA